AGGAGAAAGCAUUCAUUCCACUCUCAGACUCGGACGCUGUUUACCCCUUCCUUAUCGGUAAUCGCCGGAGGAGUAAAGCGCUUUUUAUACGCGUGCUUUUUCUCCGAUCACAAAACCCGAUUCUGGAAAAGCGCUUCUUCUUCCAACCAAAGCUGCCGAACCAAUUCUCCAUAGCUUGCUUUCUGUGGUCGUUUUGCUGAAAUUGGGAAAUUUCUCUUCUGGGUUGCUUUCUGCGAGCACCUUCUCGAAGAAAGUAACUUCUCUGGGUAUCAUUUCUAGGUUUCCGAUUGAAGGAAAGAGACACGAUUUCUCCGAUUAUGUAUUACCGGCUAACGAGGUCUUCGUCUUCUUGUAAAGACUCCAUGAAAGUCCUCGAAGAAGAUGUACAGCGCGCCAAUGCUCUGGCUGCUGCAAUUCCAAGAGCCAAACAUGGUUCAUAUCUCCAGAUGAAAUUGGUUUACAAUCAUUUGGCUCCUCUCUUUCUGUUUUUGAUGCAAUGGGUGGAUUGUUCCUGCACUUGUAUACUUCCCAGAUACCUAAAUUUCUUCCACAUACUCAUUUACAAGGUUUACACUGAUGGAAGACCAAACAUAUCAGCACAUGGAAGAAAGGCAACGAUUAAAGAUUUCUAUGCCGUUAUAUUGCCAUCCCUUCAACGGCUCCAAGCGAACGUUGACGAGCUGGAUAGUGCUAUAGACAGGCGUGUCAAGGCCGAUAAUUCCAACGACAAACGAGCUCAAGGAGAUGGAAAACUCUCCAAUGGUGAUUUAGAGAGAGAAGAUGAGUGUGGGAUUUGCUUAGAACCUUCCACAAAAAUGGUGUUGCCAAAUUGCUGCCAUUCAAUGUGCAUCAAAUGUUACCACAAUUGGAACACGAGAUCGGAAUCGUGCCCGUUUUGCCGUGGGAGCUUGAGGAGGAUCAAAUCAGAGGACUUGUGGGUGCUAACUUGCAGCGAAGAUGUGGUUGAUGCUGAAAAAGUUUCAAAGGAAGAUCUCUCACGGUUCUAUCUCUAUAUAAGCAGCUUGCCAAAAGAAUAUCCAGAUGCACUUUUCUUAGUUUAUUACGAAUACUUGAUUUGAACCAAAAUAAACCAAUUUCUGUACAGAUGACUUGAAACUUGAAAGCCGACCGUUAAAUGUAAACAGAGUUCGGUGAGAAAACUUCUCGUUGUAUGAAAUUAAAUGGUUCGUCUUCAUCAUUUGAUAUCAAAACAGAAAACUGUAUGAAAAUGGUUUUCAAUUCUUAAGAAUUCCAAAUUUUCAGUUC